AUGAUGCUUCGUCCACAGAUCACGGUUGCCGAUCCCAACAAUAUGGGUUUACCAGCUCUUCCUAGUAUUUUUGUCGAGGUACCAGGGCUUAGCACGGUCCCAAUUGCUCUAGGAAGCUAUGUUAUUUUUGCACAUGGAAACUACGUUUCCGCGAUAACUGCUGAGGCCAAUGUCCUGUGUCAGGUAAAUGUAGAGCACCCGGUUGCGUGUCUUGCUACAUACAGAUACCAGGGAUGUGAUUCUCUUGUUUUGGGAACUGAGGACGGACUUCUUCUUUUGUACAACAGCAUUGCAUCCCUUAUUGAGACAUCCCAGGUAAAGGGUAAAGGUGCUCGCAUACCACCCGAUAGGUACAUACAUGUGGCGCAUCCGUCCCUAAAGACCCACGUGAGCCCCGCAAUCAACGGGGACAACAGCAUAUACUGCAUAUCUUUCUGCCUUUGUCCACAGUACCCCUUGCUCGCAGCGGGAUUGGAUAACGGUGCAUGCCUGAUACUAAGCACAGAGACCUUCACCGUCCUAGCCGUCCUAAAGGGAAGUGGGUACGGUGUCUUCCAGCCAGACUAUAAGAAGGCGAACGUUACGUGUAGAUGCUCUGUUGUGUACGAUCACUUCACAGACCUACUGGACCACAUGGGGUACCUUGCUCAGAGACAAGCCGGUCGGCGACAGAGGCGAUCUACACACGUCAAUGCUCCAGCCCAGAUGGUUCUCGACGAAACUGUCCGCAUGGAUGAGAGCUCAUUGGAAAAGCUGACCACGGAGCAGACGUACCACAGAAUAUACAGCAUGUACCAUUCGCCACCAAGGCAUUGUGCUUCUUGCGAACAAAUUUACGGCCAAUAUCUUGCCAAAGCCGUAGAAGCAGCUGCCCAAGCGUCAAAUCUUUCAGUGGACUUAUACCUCAGUGCCGAGCUGAACAUUUCACCACGUCCACUCAAGAGAAGUACGAAGCCAAGACCUAUCCCUAGAGAAUAUGUGACUUGCUUCGGCCCCCAAGCAAACCCCUCCAUAGUAUAUUUACAAUCAUCGUUCGAACGCAAUAGCCAUCUGGGCUGCACCCCCGAUAUCGCAUCUUGUCUUUGUUGGCUAAUGCAAUCGAGUAAAACGGCUGAGUCAACCGUUACAAAGACAUCCAGAGAGUUUCUCACACUGCUAGUUGGAGGAGACGACUAUUGCAUUUGUCUCUAUCAUAUUCCUGUUGCCCUGCUUGCCCUUGCCAAUGAUAGCGGUAUAGCGUGCAAUUGUCGCCCUCAUACGCGCUUUUACACCAGCGCUCUCAGCACGUAUCAGAACGAAUCGAUAGUGGGGAUAGACGGGUCUCGCCUGCCAGUCUACAAGUGUCAUCCAGCAGAAUGCCAGCUGGAGGGCACGAUGUUCAGCCCUGUCCUCAUGCAUGGGUUUAUACGUGCGUACGGGGACAUCGAAGGUAUAGUACAGAUACCGUCAAAAGAAAAGACAUCUGGUUCCGUCCGCUUUUGCAUUAAGUCAGCUUUGGAUGGGUACAGCUUCUAUGAGCUAUCAUUAGAGCUUCUUAGCAAACCAACGCUAGACCUAACAGCCUACAAAGGGCACUACAUCCCAGACUUCCUACUAGAAUUGGAGCAUCUAAAGCAGGACGUGUUAGAUGGCAGUCUAGUCAAUAUCUUUCCAAAACAGACCGCUGCAGCACAGGCUGUCAUGAAUCACAGCACGUUUUACAAAAGUAUAGUCUCUGCUCUACAAGAAGUGUGUUCAGGCCGACUUAAGUUCUUUGAGCUUGAGUAUACGUGCGAGUCAGUGCUGCGGCACUUAGAAUACCCUGUUCUGGCAGUUCACCAGCUGGAUCAAUGGAUCAUCGUAAAUAUGAGCCGAGGAAGAUACGAGUAUCAGAAAGCAACGCCCUGCUCGUCAUGGUCAUUCAUGGACGUGCAGUGCACCAUGAGAUUGUCUCCGGUUGGUGGUAUGAAUAUGCUUAUAGAUUGUAAUAGGUACGGUCAGGUGAGCUUCUACGCCUUGAACGACAUAGAAGACCUAGCUGGUAACGCUACCACAGCAGCCUCCCCUGGUUCCAUUGGCCCUCUAAUGUUGCAUCCUCGUUGUGCAGUGGAGUGUCCAGAGGGACGCCCACUGUUCGCUUGUCUAUUAGACAAAACAAUGGUGGUAGCUGUCUAUGAUGCUGGGAUAUACUUCUGCAGCUAG